CAACUGCAAAUCUCGACGAGACCGGCACUUUUGCAGCGUCAUUAGCGGCUCUACAGUGCGUGCGACAGCGCCUGGUGACGGCACUCGGCGAAUCACAGGCAGCGUCCAACCUCGGGAUCUUGCUUCCCUGCCAGAGCUAAAAGCAUCUCAACCAGCGCCCGACUCCUCUCUUGACUUACCUGCUUGUUUGUCGUUUCUCGCCGCUUCCCGCCGAUUGUGAUUCUCUCUUCACCUCACGCCUGGGUCUCUUUGCUUUGGAGGCUUGAAGAAGCUUUAAUUGAUUGCUUUCACAAUCGGCGCCUUUCUGCUUGAUAUACCCACCCAUCAUGGACGUCUCUUACAUUCCGCAUGCCGAGCGCGUCCGCCGCAAGAACCGAUCAUCCACCAAUGUCAACCAUCUCUCGCUUGCUCCUCUGACCACCAAGUUUCCUCUUGAUGAUGAUGAGGUUCUAGUUGACGCCGGCGUGCCGAUGCCCCGACCCAGCACUUCGUAUCUACAAGGCAAAUCUGCUCCCACUACACCUCGGCUUCUCGCCAGCUCCGCAACCAACCCUCGCUCGCGCUCGAGAUCACGAAAUCGCACGCCUUCUGCUACAGGUGCCCCAAUCACCAAGAGCAAGUCAUCGUCGCAUCUUGUCAGUGGCCAUGCGACGAGAAAAUCUACGUCCGGCACUAUGACCCCCCGCCGGCGGCAUGAAGAGGGACCCGACGGAGAUUGGCUGCUGAGAACUGGCGCAAUGAUGACUUUUGAAGCGAGGGAGUACAAGGGCCAAUCAUGGCUCAUCUCGCGCCAGAGCUCUACGAACCUUACAGGCAUCCGGAACAUUGAGGACGUUGCGUUUGAAGACGAGCUCGCUCGGGAAAGAGAAAUCACAAGCAUGCUGACGAGCAGACGCGGCAGUCUGGCUGACGAUGACAUGUCUAUUUCCGUCAUUGGAAGCAAAAUACACAGUCGGUCUCAAAGCCGAUCCCACAGCAUCCAUGGCAGCCGGAGCCAGCUCAUGACACCGAUAGAACGAACCGUAGACGACGGCUCGUACUUCCCCAACCAAGAGUCGCUCGCGGGACCCGACUUUGUCGACCUUGACGAGAGGCUGGAGGAACUGGAGCGAGACACACUGGAGGACGCCGAAGCCGACGUCAAGAGGCUGAUGCGACGCGGCACCGGGGGUAAGGCUUCUUGGAUGACGGGCUUCAUGGGAUGGUCGCUCUUCUCAGUGGACGAGCACGAGGAGGAGACGGAUGACGAUGACGAAUCAGAGUACGACGAGUCACUCGCAGAUUCUCGAUCGCACGUGGACCGCAGUGCUUGGCUGAAGCGCCACGUCGAGGGACCGUUGGACCCGGAGGACUUUGUGCCGCCUCCAACGACGGAUGAGGGAGGCUGGAGUGAUGCAGCUUGGCUGCUUAGCGUAGCAUCAAAGGUUAUCUUUUGAGAAGUGGGAAAUCUAUCUAUAUCAUGUUUUUUUUUGGCGCGAAUACGAGAAACAUCUCAUCGCUGGCAGCGGUAGUAAUGGAAUCUACUUGUCAAGUCGCGAUAAGAGCAUCGUUUUCCUUUUCUCUCUCUCUCUCUCUCUUUUUCAAUCUAAUGCAUUAAUAUUGGCCAUUUUUUCUUCCCCAGAUAAACGAUCGAUCGAUCGAUCGGCCAAAUGUUGUAUCUUUAGUCUCAAGUCUAUGUCAUCGUUAUACAAAGAAAAUUCAAGAGAUACUCUCACGAUGUGCGGCACAUGGCAGCGAAAAGAGCCUCU